AGGAGGGCAUGUACUUUAUAAAGCCAAACGCAUCAGGAGACACUACACUCUCCUGCUGAAGACCUCUGUCCUCUCCCCUGUAGGCUGCUAUGUCUCUGGAGGAUUCAUUUAUUAUAAACCCCGAAGACAGCAGGGUUUUGGUUCUGAAUGUCUCCGGGGUAUUUUUGGACUCCACGGUGGAGCAGCACCAGUACAACAUCUGGCUCCCUGGCAUCGGAAUCGCUGCUGUCUAUGGGAUAAUCAUCGUCGUGGGUCUAGUUGGAAAUGUCACUUUAAUGAAGACGUGUCUGUUGGUGAAGUCCAUGCGGACGGUGCCCAACUUGUUCCUGUCCAGUCUGGCUCUGGGGGACCUGCUGCUGCUGGUGACCUGCGCCCCCGUGGACGCCAGCCGCUACAUGGUGGACGAGUGGCUCUUUGGCCGCAUUGGAUGCAAAAUGAUCCCGUUCAUCCAGCUCACCUCGGUGGGAGUCUCCGUGUUCACCCUCACUGCGCUCUCCGCUGACCGGUACAAAGCAAUUGUCAAACCUCUGGACAUCCAGCGGUCCAGUGCUACACUCAGUGUCUGUUUGAGAGUGGGGGUGAUCUGGCUGCUCUCUGUGACCCUGGCGAUUCCCGAAGCUGUCUUCUCCGACCUGCAUGCCUUUACCACCAGCCACACCAAUGAGACAUUUGUGACCUGUGCACCCUACCCGCAUGCCGGGGAGCUGCACCCAAAAAUCCACUCCACUGCCUCCUUCCUCAUCUUCUACAUCAUCCCCCUCUUCGUCAUAUCUGUCUACUACUGCUUCAUUGCUCGCAGUCUGAUCAGGAGCUCUGUGGACAUCCCAGCUGAAGGACACCUGCACCUGCAGAAACAGAUCAGGUCCAGGAAGCGUCUGGCCAAAACGGUGCUGGUGUUUGUCGGCUUGUUUGCUGUCUGCUGGCUGCCCAGUCACGUGAUCUACCUAUACCGCUCCUACAACUAUGACCAGGUGGACACGUCGCUGGGCCACUUCAUCGCCAGCGUGUUUGCUCGCAUUUUGGCCUUCACCAACUCCUGUGUGAACCCGUUUGCCCUUUACCUGAUGAGCAAAAGCUUCAGCAAAAACUUCAACAGGCAACUGUGCUGCACUUCUCCCAGACGGUUGUACAGCCAGAAUAGUGCCAGUACAAACAUAACGACCUGUGUAAUCACCAUCUGAAAAUGUCUGUGUUUUCAUAAAUUGCUUGUGUUUUAGCAGGACUGGAGUUAUGCUAACCCUCUUUUCUCACUUUGAUUUCACUGGACCACAUGUUUAACAUGUUUUACACAAAACAAAUGCAAAUAACAUAAGAUGUGAUGCAGUAAGGCUCAAUGGUUCUGUCAGAAACAUUUUAUUUCUGCUUUAAAACAAAAUAACUCUUGGUUGAAAGACACCGUGCAGUCAUGGCAGAGGUAAGGUGCUUCUUGCAAAAACGCUGGCACAAAACAUCUUUUCUGCUUGGUUCAAAUGGAUCUUUGUUGUAUAUAUUCCCUGACAAAUAAAUAUAAUGUAAGAAAAAUCCAUAAUAGUGGUUGAGUUUUCUCUAUAUUGUAACGUAUGUCUUGGUGUAAAACCCAAAGCCUUUAAAAUGCAAAAUGAGAAUAACCAUUUAUCAUUUAUGGUUCUAAAUGGCAAAAAAGGGGGAAAAAAUGUUCAGCUGUCAUUUGCAGUGGAAACCAAGCAUGAAACGCUUUAUUAUGCAUGUUUUUAUCUGCACUAUGCUAUUAUUUAAAAAAAAAAAAAAAAGACAAGGGGCGCUGGAGAUAGAGCUGAAAGUUCCUCUGACAUUUGAGUGUUAAAUGGUUGUAAAAUAUUCAGACUGAGAACAGUCUACUAUUCUGUGUACAGGAAAGGUUUUAUGCACAAUUUAUUGAUCAUGUAUUUGAUUAGUAAAUCUUACAUAUUGUGUAUAUAGAAAUGCCCUUGUUAAAUAUUCUGAGUCAGUAAAUGGUGUGUUUGUUGGUUGGUGUUUCUGUAUGAACACAUUUUAGCAGCUAUUUGUUCAAUCUUAAUAGUAGUGUUUGGAGAGUCACUUAACACCCCCUGAAGUUCUUGGUGCUGACCUCCUGUGGUUAAAUGUCUCAGAACCCAAUGAGAUCACUGAUGGGUGUGGUCAGAGGUGAAACAGGCUUGAGACUUUCAACCAGAGAAGACAGCAAGAUACUGCUUUUCAGCUUGGAUACUCGUUAAAUUUGUUUAAUGAUGAUGUGUUACUUAAAUGGCUGCAGCUACUUUGUGUAACCAAUAAUUGAUUCAACUGUUGGUAAUUUUCACAAAUAAUGAAUUAA